AUGCAUCAGAAGGAGUAAGUAGCACAGCAGGAAGUGUCUAAGUGUCAAUUCAAAGUCAGAUCUGUCUGUGCUGAGCUCCGAGAACCUGGGAACAUGGGUCUAGCCCUGGCACUACUCGUCAUCAUGGCGGCAAUCUUUAUUGCCCUGUUUUUUCUGCUAGUGGCCGGAAUCAUUUAUUUUGAUUUUGCAAAUUCAGACAUUCCUGCAGGGAUUGCCAACCCCUGCAAGCUUCGGACCAUUCACUGCAUCUCCAUUGGAACAGCUAUGGUGGGGAAAAUACUCCAGAAUAUGCUUAUAUGCAGUCAGCUGGACUUCACCCGACUCGUCAGAGAUAAACUGCUGGCCAGAAAUUCGGGAGACGAUCCCAAACUCUUCAUCAAAAACCUGCAGAUGGAAGGGAUUCCUGUCAGAGUUUACCAGCCCAGAUCGCCAUCUGCUGGCGGGAAGAAGGGGAUCAUAUUCUUCCAUGGAGGAGGAUGGAUGUUCGGAAGUAUUGAUUCCUAUGACAAAUUAUGUCGCUACAUCUCCAAAGGGACAGAAUCUGUGGUUGUCUCUGUCGGGUACCGCCUGGCACCAGAACACCGGUACCCAGCAGCAUUUGAUGACUGUCUCAGUGUCACAAGUCACUUCCUGAAGAGUGCGCAGGAAUACGGAGUUGACUCAUCCUCAGUUAUAAUAAGUGGAGACAGUGCAGGGGGCAAUCUUGCGGCUGCUGUUUGCCAAGCCUUGGUGAGCAGGACAGAUCUUCCAAAGCCUCUGGCCCAGGUGCUGAUAUACCCAGCAGUCCAAGCAGUUGACUUUCACUUGCCUUCAUAUACACAGAACUGUGCAGUGCCUAUUUUGUACAGAGAACGAGCAGCCUUCUACAUGUUAAACUACUUGGAAGGCAACUUAUCUAUGAUGGAAGAAGUACUGGAUGGAGACCAUGUUCCUGUUGAUAUGAAACAGAAGUUCAGGAAGUGGUUAAGUCCAAAAAAUAUUCCUGAUGAGUUUAAAGCCAGGGGCUAUAAACCUCGUGUCAUGACCUCACAUUCCGAGGAGGUCUAUGAAGUUCACAAGCAAGCACUUGAACCUCACUUCUCUCCCUUGCUGGCUGAGGACUCCACAAUUUGUCUUCUACCAAACACCUACAUUUUAACAUGUGAAUUUGACGUUCUCCGCGAUGAUGGAAUACUCUAUAAGAAACGCCUGGAAGACAAUGGAGUCCCAGUUACCUGGUACCAUGUUAAAGAUGGAUUCCAUGGUAUAAUUAGUUUUUUUGACAACGGAAAACUUUCAUUUGAAUCUGGAAAGUUAGCUGUCGAUAACAUUGUAAACUUUAUGAAUAGUGUUUGAUAUUUCAUUUUAGGCAAUACUCACAAUAGGACAUCACCCAAAGUGAUGUCAAGGUGGAGUUAACCAGUUCUCAGCGUCGUAAAUUGAUCAAUACAAGACCUACAUUUGGUUAAAGGAUCAAUGAAAAUUACACAGUAGUCAUUAAUUUGUUUGCCCUAACAAGAAGUGAUUAUGUUUUCAAAUGUGAAGUUAUGCGAAGUGCAAUAAAGCUCGUUCAAAACAAA